AGGCCAGGCUGGAGCCGCCCCCGGGGCCGGGCUGGAGCCGCCCCGCUCCGGCCCCGCUCCGGCCCCGCUCCGGCCCCGCGAUGUCGCCGCGCUCCGCCCGCCUGGCGCGGCUGUCGCGCUCCGUCACCUUCAGCGCCUGCCACCGCCUGCACAGUAAAUCCCUGAGUGAUGAGGAGAACCUGAAGCUGUUUGGGAAGUGCAACAACCCAAAUGGCCACGGCCACAACUACAAAGUUGUGGUCACCGUGCGUGGAGAGAUCGACCCAGUCUCGGGGAUGGUGAUGAACCUGACAGACCUGAAGGAAUACAUGCAGGAAGCGAUCAUGGAGCCGCUGGACCACAAAAACCUGGACAAGGAUGUGCCCUACUUCUCCGAGGUGGUGAGCUCUGACCCUGCUGCUGUUCCCCCCCAGCACCACGGAGAACGUGGCCGUGUUCAUCUGGGACAGCCUGCAGAAGCUGCUGCCCCAGGGCCUCCUCUACAAGGUGGAGGUGCACGAGACAGAGCAGAACGUGGUGGUUUACAAGGGAGAGGAGACAAUUGUCAAGUGAGGUCAGCCUGAGCUGGGCUGCUCAGGGGAAACGCUCCAUGAUCAGCUCCCUGCAUCCCUGCUCAGGGAAACGCUCCAUGAUCAGCUCCCUGCAUCCCUGCUCAGGGGAAAUGCUCCGUGAUCAGCUCCCUGCAUCCCUGCUCAGGGAAACGCUCCAUGAUCAGCUCCCUGCAUCCCUGCUCAGAGGAAAUGCUCCAUGAUCAGCUCCCUGCAUCCCUGCUCAGGGAAACGCUCCGUGAUCAGCUCCCUGCAUCCCUGCUCAGAGGAAAUGCUCCAUGAUCAGCUCCCUGCAUCCCUGCUCAGGGAAACGCUCCAUGAUCAGCUCCGUGAUCAGCUCCCUGCAUCCCUGCUCAGCAUUCCCAGCAUUUCCUGGGCUCUGUGUCACAGCAGAACCAGUGCAGCUGUUUCACAAGGACCGUCGCAGCAGUUUGCCCAUCUGGCUUCUCAGAAUGGGUUGGUUUCUCUGCUUUUCCUCAAGACCUUCCUGUUUUGCCAGCUGAUGUGAAGUUUAGAGUUGUGGCGUGGUAAAUAAAGCAGAUUUGGCCUGGCAAAAUCACGAAA